AUGGGGCCGCGGCUUUCCCUCCUGGUAGGGGCGCUGGCCAGCUGCCUGCUUUCUGCCUUGGGUUGUGUCAUAUGUGAUACAAAGGUCGUGGAGGCGCUAAACUCCUUCGAGACGGAUUACUUGCCUGGUCACCUGGAGGCUGAGCAUCACAAAAACGUGAUGAAAAGGUUAAAGGAUACUGUGCAGGAUUUCAAGAAUCUGCCGAUUGACGAGGAUUCCUACAUGGGGGUCAUCGACGAGCCCACGCUGGAAAAGGCAUCCUGGAGUUUGCUGAAGGAUCUGAAACGCAUCACGGACAGUAAUGUAAAAGGUGAGCUCCUGGUGAAGGAGCUGUUCUGGAUGCUGAGCCUGCAAAAGGAUACCCUUGCCAGAUAUGUCACUCAGUUCCAAAAGGAGGCUUUUUGUCCCAACAAAUGUGGUAUGAUGCUGCAGACUCUGAUCUGGUGCAGUACCUGCCAGAAGGAGGUUCACGCUUGUCGGAAGUCCUUGGAUUGCGGAGAGCGCACCAUCAAGGUCCAUGAAAUGGAAGACAUGAUCCUGGACUGUGAGCUCAACUGGCACCAAGCCUCUCAAGGCCUGACCGAUUACAGCUUUUACAGGGUUUGGAGGAACCACUCUGAGACCUUGGUGUCCAAGGGGAAAGAGCCCACCCUGACAAAGACCAUGGUGGUUCCGAAGGACGCGGGGACGUAUCGCUGCCAGCUGGACACUGUGAAAUCCAGCCCCGCCACCAUCAUCCGCUUUCAUGUCAAAGUGUUGCCCAAAAGAAUCGUAGAGGAGACAUCAUCCUCAAACACCACAAACCAGGCCGGGGAGGCCCCGAAUGGGAUCACCCAGCGCCCCGCCAAGCCGCCCACGGCCCUACAGUCCUCCUCGUCCCAGUCUCCGAAGGUGGAGAAUGUGCUGCGCAGACUCCUGGUCGGGAUUCUGAGCUGGGGCUUUAUGGUGCUGAUAGCCAGCAUCGCCAUCCUGAUACUUUGCUAUUGGGCUGAGAGGAAUCCUUCGUACUUCAAGGAUGUCGUAAAGCACUGGUUCGGCACUGGCAAGAAAGAUGCUCCGAGCUCCGAUGCUCCAGAGACAAAGGCCGACGUAAAGGCCGACGUAAAGGCCGACGUAAAGGCCGACGAAUCAAGGACUCAAUAAAGAUUUAUCUGUUUGUCUAAGUAUCUGACUCACUCCUCCGUACGAUCCUAACUUUUGGUCCCCCCGCCGCCCCCCCCCCCCCC